CCCGUAAAACAAAAGAAACUUUUGCAAAAUAUUAACUAAAUAAUAAAUGAGUAUCAUAAUAAAAUUGAAAAAUCAAAAUUGUGAUGAUAAACGAUCUUGAUAACUUCAAAAGACCCUUAAAAUUUUCCAACGAAUAAUAAAAAAUUGGAAAAAAGAGGCCAGGCACGAGGUAGCGCCUGACUAAGUAUCGACGAAAAUUAUACAUACUUUUUUUUGCCUUUUAAUUAAAUUCGUAUCAUCUUAAAGCUGUAGAUGUGAAAGAUAAGUUGCUAUACGUUAAAACGAAAAAGUGACGUUCGUGAACUUGAAUAAACAACAGUGGCUCUUGAUAAGUCGUGUUUAUUCAAAUGUUGUCAACCGACGCCAUUUUCGAGACAGAACAGGGAUAUCUAUUGCUUGGAAUAACACAACGGGUUUGUUAACAAAAAUUCUCAUAUUUGUUAGUUUCUGUUCCGAAGAAUUAUUUUAUUGAAUUAAUGUAAAAUUCAACUGUUUUCAAUCUUCAAUAUAAUCUUCGUCAUGCUCAGUUUUUUGAAGCCUAUUGAAUUUUUUUAUUGGAAUAACAAGAUACUGCUUGAUAACGCAGACACAUUAUUCACAGAAAAGAUUCUUAAUAUCCAUGUUUAAUCUUUAAAAAUGGCCAUGAGAAAUAAUUUAAAUAACAGCAUAAGGGCAAGUAAUUAUAAACAAGUAAAAAGACCCAACGGUAAAUACGGACAAAUUUCACUGUGUAAUAGUACCAGUAAGUGUGACUUAUGUGGAAAACAUUUCCAAACGAUGAAAUUGUUUGAACACAUUAAAGAAUCUCACCAUCAAUACUUUUGUAUAGUUUGUAGAGCUAGAUUUAAAAUUCAUAAAGAUUUGAUUAGUCAUUUACAAGAUAUUCAUCAGCUGGUGGCUUCAGAUGAUAUUCAUAAAGCUCAAGAUGCAUUUGGAGAGUGUGUGAAUAAAAGAUAUUUUGCACAACCGGUGUCCAUGUCUCGACUUCCAAUACCAUCGUCAACAUUUUCUCAAUUUUCUCAAAGUAGUUCUGAUGAUGACGAAUUACUUUUAGAUAAUUUUGAUGUUUUAGAUGUAGUUUUAGGUAGUAAAACGUCUGAACAGUCUCUAGAAAUAGUAAUUGCUGAAAUUGUUAAUAACAUUAUUAAUGAAGCCAUUAAAGAAAUUAAAGCUGAAAACUUAACUGAAAGCACUUUACAAGACUUAAGUUGUUCAGAUAUUUCUAUUACAGAUGAGACUGACAAUAAAACUGUGAAACUAUUAGAUACCCAUCAAUCCAAUUCUAUUCCACUACUACAAAAUAGUAUAAUGAAUAUAAAUAAUAAUGUUGCAUUGCAAAAUUUAACUUCUAACAGUGAUACUGUACAAAGUCAAGAUACUAUAAACUGUAAAUCAUUAAACUGUGUUGAAGAAGAAUUUAAAUUGGGAAUCAAAAGUAUAUCUACGGUUUUAUCAGAAAAAAAUCCUUGGAUUAACGGACCAGAUACAUCACAGAGUGUUGUCACAUAUAAACAAAAUAAAGAUGAACUUCCUGUCAUGGCUUUAACGCUGGACCAAAAGCUAACGGAUAUUAAUUUAAAUUUAAUACUAAAAGAAUGUAUCAGAACAUCUUGUUUAACCUGCGUUUACUGUCAUAACUCAACCUGCAUUGCUGUUAAUGCCAAGGAGCUUGCACUACACAUGAUAAAUAAACAUCGUUUUAUGACAGUAAAAAACGAAUCUUCUGAUGAUGUUGUUAAUAUAUUAAAAACUAACUUAAAUUUAUUAGAGAAUGUUUACUUUAAUUCAGAAAAUUUUGAUUCAACUGAUGAAUCAUGUUAUGUGCCGUUUGACAACACUUUUUUUUGUUUCAACUGUCAGUUUACUUCUAAACAUAUGAAGGAAGUUAAUUCCCAUAAACGUAGUAUUCAUUCAAGAAAAACUUAUGACUGUAUUAUGUGUAAAAUAACUUUUUCUAAUUAUGGUGAACUUAAUUGUCAUUUAUGUCCUGGUGCUGAUCUUGGUGUUUGGCAAAAUUUAUCAUUUCGAUGUUUAUUCUGCGGUCAAGGUAAAAUUCCAUCUGCUUUUAGAUGCAUGGUACAUAUGAGAAAGGCUCAUAAUGCUUGUGACUAUUGUUUGGACAUAUUCCCUAAUCAACAAACUUUAGCGCUACAUGUAAAUAAACAUAAGAUGAGACACAUGUGUUUAAAAUGUAACAUAGCUUAUCUAAGUAAAAAAGAUAUUUUUGAACAUAUGUUUUGGAAACACAAUAGAGACAGUAAAGAAUGUAAAUUAUGUUUAACAAAAAAAUGGCCGUAUACAUAUCAUUUUUGUGUACCACCAGCAAUAUUUACGUGUGAUGAAUGUAAAAGAACAUUUUCGAAUGCAUUAUCAUUAAGAGUACAUGAAAGAUGGCACUCUGGUAAUAUUCCAUAUGAAUGUAAUAUUUGCCACAACAAAUUUAUUACAAAAAAAUUGCUUGCUAAACAUGAAAUUAUUCACAAGGAACUAAUUUCUCCAAUUAAAAGAAAAAAGAAAAAGAAGAAGAAAAGGGGGGAUAACUACAAUUUGCCCCCUUUGAAUCUUUCGUCUGACAGUGAAACCGACAAAACACCUAGGUAUAAAUCUGAUAAAACUGCCGAGUCUCCGAGUCCCUCUGUUACAAACUAUUGGGACUAUGUCAGUAAACAGAAAAAGGAACUUGUUCACAUAGCCUUAUUAGAUCAUGAUUACACAUUGUUAUCGACUAGUCAAGCUGACCGCCUCCAGUCUCCUCAUUGUCAAGAAGCAACUACUACAGUCCACGAAAGUGAACAUAUUUUAAACAAUUCUUUCAAUAAUUCAUCUUGUAGAAGAUCUUCAUGUUCAUCACACUGUAAAUCAUCAUCCUCUUCGUCUAGCUCGUGUGGAUCCAAUUGUUCAUGUUCAUCAUCUUGUUCAUCUUCGUGUGAUUCUGAUGCUGAAGAUAAGAAAUUUGUUGUAGAAAGUCCAAAAAAACACAAAAAGAAAAAAAAGGUUAAGAAAAUUAAAGUAUUAAGUGAAAAAAAAAUAGCAAACUUUAAUUUAUGUGCUGUGGAAUCUGAUUUAGAGAGUGAAUUUUCAAAUACCGAUAAUGAAGAUUAUUAUGAUAUUAAUCCAGUACCUUUACGUCCAGAUAUAAGUGUGCCAGUAAUAGAAUCUCCACAGCAAAUAAAUGCAGAACAGGAUAAAAGGAGUGAACCGUUUCAUAUUGAGAAUGAAUCAACACUUCCGGUAUUGUUAUCUAAUGAUAGCAUAUUGAAAUUAUCUCAUUCUUCAAGCCAAUAUAUUGAAUUAGAGCCUCGAAUACUAGAAAAUGGCGAAUCAAGUGAUUUGUACCAUUACGAGUAUAAAUCUACAGCUGAUCCCAAGAAACAUGACAACUUAUCUUUAUUUAAUAGUACUAAUGUACCUCAUUUAAGUAAGCAAUCUGUUGAAAACAAUUUUACCCAAAUUUCUACAGAAUUGUGUAAUGGCAAAAAUGGCAUUAAUGAUGUUAAUAAUAAAUGUGACACAAGCACAAAUAAUCAGUAUGAACUUCACAAUUCUUUUUUUUCAUCAUGUUCGAGUACAAUUGAACAACUAAAUUUAUCGUUACGCAAAAAACGACCUACAAAGCGUCAAUCUAAACCAAAGAUGAUUCAAAAAUCUAAAAACUCUUUACAAAUAUCAAAAACAAAUUUAUUGCCAUAUACUUCUUCUCCACUUUCAGUAAAUUCUUCUUUAUAUUCUACAAAUGCUAUAAACACAUCCAAUCAUAGUAUGUCAUCUAAUGACACUCGUCAAUCAAAGCGACAACCAAAAAAAAGAAAAUUUUUUGGUUAUGACAGUGAUGAAGAUAAAAUUGCAAACGGAAAUUCAUUUUUGAUUGAAACUCCACACCUUCAACACACGUUACCACCCAAAAAGAAACGGAAAUCCAAGUCUGAAAUUCCUCAUGAAAUACUUAAUUUGUCUAAUAUAUCAGCAGUACAACAAUCAAGGCCUAUUGUAGAUGUUCGAAUUAGUAAAUCUGUUCUACCACCUGUUGUCAAUGACACCGACAGUGAUUCUGGAAAUUUAGUUAUAGAACUCCCAAAAUUCGCUGAGCAGAAAGCUAUACAAAGUACUGAAAGGUUAUAUUGUCACUGUAGAUGUCCUUAUGACGAGGUAUCAGAGAUGAUUGCAUGUGAUAAUCCAAAUUGUCGGGUGGAAUGGUUUCAUUUUGAUUGUGUUGGCAUCACAAUUGCUCCGAAAGGUAAUUGGUAUUGCCCUGAUUGUCGUUGACAAGAAUUUUUUUACUCUAAAAAUGUAUUCUUGUAUUUUUACAACCCAUUUGCUUCAUUUUUUUUAUUAUAUAUAUAUAUAUGUGUGUAUUUGUUUCUUUGUUAUAUAAUAUAUAUGAGUAACUGUUGUAAAAAAAAAUACUACAUUUAACUUACAAAAAACCAGUAUUGUUAUGUAAAUAUGAUUUUUGACUCGAUAAAUGUAAAACCAUUAAGCUGCUGUUUUCUUAUACACAUUACAAGAUAAAAAUAUUUUUUCUG